GAGAGGGGAGCGCUGGGCUUCGAGCGCCACUACCACGUCACCGACCCCUUCAUCCGGCGCCUGGGCCUGGAAGCAGAACUGCAGGGUCACUCUGGGUGUGUCAACUGUUUAGAAUGGAAUGAAAAAGGAGACUUGUUGGCUUCUGGCUCUGAUGACCAGCAUACCAUUGUCUGGGAUCCCCUGCACCACAAGAAACUCCUUUCUAUGCACACAGGACACACUGCAAACAUCUUUUCUGUCAAGUUCUUGCCGCACUCAGGGGAUCGGAUCCUCAUCACAGGAGCUGCAGAUUCCAAGGUGCACGUCCAUGACUUGACCGUCAAGGAGACCAUCCAUAUGUUUGGAGAUCACACCAACAGAGUGAAGAGGAUUGCCACGGCUCCCAUGUGGCCUAACACCUUCUGGAGUGCAGCAGAAGAUGGGCUAAUAAGACAGUAUGACCUGCGAGAGAACAGCAAACGCUCCGAAGUCCUGAUAGACCUGACAGAGUACUGUGGGCAGCUGGUGGAGGCCAAGUGCCUGACAGUCAACCCCCAGGACAACAACUACUUGGCAGUAGGGGCAAGCGGGCCCUUUGUGCGGCUCUACGACAUACGCAUGAUCCACAACCACAGAAAAAGCAUGAAGCAGAGUCCUUCAGCUGGAGUGCACACCUUCUGUGACCGCCAGAAACCCCUCCCAGAUGGUGCAGCACAAUACUACGUGGCAGGGCACCUGCCCGUGAAGCUCCCGGACUACAACAACCGGCUGAGGGUUCUGGUGGCCACAUAUGUCACCUUCAGUCCUGAUGGCACUGAGCUCUUAGUCAACAUGGGAGGGGAGCAGGUCUAUCUGUUUGAUCUAACAUACAAACAGCGACCAUACACUUUUCUCCUCCCAAAGAAGUGCCAUACUUCAGGGGAAGUGCAGAAUGGCAAAACCUCAACCAACGGGGUGUCAAAUGGGAUCCACCUCCACAGCAACGGCUUCCGCCUGGCUGAGGGGAGAGCACACGUCAGUCCCCAAGUGGAGUUACCUCCCUACCUGGAGAGGCUCAAGCAACAAGCCAACGAAGCCUUUGCUUGCCAGUUGUGGACUCAAGCCAUCCAGCUGUACAGCAAAGCAGUCCAGAAGGCCCCCAACAACGCCAUGCUCUACGGGAACAGAGCCGCUGCCUACAUGAAGCGCAAGUGGGACGGAGACCAUUACGAUGCUUUGAGAGACUGCUUGAAGGCCAUCUCUUUGAACCCAUGCCACCUGAAGGCCCAUUUCCGCCUUGCCCGCUGUCUCUUCGAGCUGAAGUACGUGGCAGAGGCACUGGAGUGUCUGGAUGACUUCAAGGGGAAGUUCCCAGAACAAGCCCACAGCAGUGCCUGCGACGCGCUGGACAGAGACAUCAACGCCGCCCUCUUCUCCAAGAGUGAGAACGCUGAAGACAAGAAAGGGGGUGGCCCCAUCCGGCUGCGAGCCACGGGCCGCAAGGAUUCCAUCUCGGAGGAUGAGAUGGUGCUGAGGGAGCGCAGCUACGACUACAAAUUCCGAUACUGUGGCCACUGUAACACUACUACAGACAUCAAAGAGGCCAAUUUCUUUGGCAGCAAUGCACAGUACAUAGUCAGUGGGUCAGACGACGGCUCCUUCUUCAUCUGGGAGAAAGAAACCACCAACCUUGUUAGAGUGCUGCAGGGAGACGAGUCGAUUGUGAACUGUCUCCAGCCUCAUCCCAGUUACUGCUUCCUGGCCACCAGUGGCAUCGACCCGGUUGUACGGCUGUGGAACCCCAGGCCAGAGAGUGAAACCCUGAAUGGCCGUGUGGUGGUGGACAUGGAAGGAGCUUCCCAGGCCAACCAGAGGCGAAUGAACGCCGACCCGCUGGAGGUGAUGCUGCUCAACAUGGGCUACAGGAUCACAGGACUGACCAGCGGCGGGGCUGGGGGCUCGGAUGAUGAAGACAGCUCAGAGGGGCAAGUCCAGUGCCGGCCCAGCUAAAACAGAACUGCCUCUCCUUCCUCUAAUCCUUUGGCUGAAAGGGAACCUCGUUUCCUUGGUCCUGAACUUUCUCUGAUGAACGACUGCACUGUUUGGCACUAUGCACAGAGUAGGACAAGCUGGCAGGGGCAGGAGCGGCCGGCUCUUUAAACCAUCGCCUCCUCCUCCUCUUCCUCCUCCCUGAGCAGCAUGGCAGUGCAGUGCAGGGUUUGCCUUUAGUGGAAUUUUAGUCCCAACGGGGGUCUUUGAGUUGUCUGUAAGCAGUGUAAGCUGGUGAUAUUUUUGAUUUAUUUUUUUUUUUCCUCUCCCCAGAGCUGCUGUAUGAUCUGGUACAGGGGGAUGUUGCUGCAUUCAUGUGUUUGGAGAGGGGAUGUUCAAGUCCUGAAUAAAACACAAACCUAGGGCAGGG